AGACGGCGGGGCAUUAGUGGAGAGAGUACUAUCGCUGUGAGUGGUCUGUGUUGCACCCAGCCCCUUACACACUCAACGCACGCAAACCGACACACACACACACACACACAUAUGCGCGGUUUAGUAAAGUUACAUGUUUCUUGCGGUGCGUGGAGAGGGUCGUAGCGUGUGAGGUGCGGUGUGAGGUCUCUUACCUGUAAUUGCGGUUACCGGUGUCACACGUGCGCGCAGGUAGACUUACGACGCUACUGAUGGUGUGUCCUACCGUGUGGAAUACUGAUAGAAAGUGAAAGGAACGCCGCAACCUUCUCGCCCUGCUGCACACCACACAGAUGAGAGUCGACCCACGCCCACCACGCAGAGACUCGCGCUGAACGGAGGCAGAAGAGGAGUUAUCGGGGCUGUUGGAUCAUCGGGCUGCCUUCUUACUCGACCGGGCUGCCUCGCUUCCCGACCGGGCUCCUUGCUAGUCGAUCGGGCUUCUAGAACUCAACCGGGCCGCCUUGCUACUCGAACGUCGGCUAUUGAACCACUUCGAGAAGAAUCACGUCUCACUCAUCAUACGAAAACCACACAUUUGGGAGCCAUUUUAGAGGGAUCGAAGACCGUUUAGCAUCAAGAGAGACUCUGGCAUACGAUCAACAGCAGAUUAGCCAUUUGAGAGCUAUUUUUGAGGCGUUCAAGGGCGUUAAGCAUCAAGAAAAAGACAUUUAAGAAACUCUGACCCACUAACAGCAGUAUAUUAGCCAUUUGAGAGCCAUUUUAUGAGGAUCUCAAGACCACCAGCCAUUUAAAGGAGUUUGCCAUACGAACCAGAGAACCCAAGAGCCACUGCAUAGAAAACGGAAAACCACAAUUAACUGGAGGCGCAAAGAAACGCGGAAAAGAAGGUGAACCAACAGAAAGCCAUUUAGGAGAGUGUGCCAUACGAACACCACACCCCAAGAGCCACGGCAAAGAAAACGGGGAACCACAAGGAACUGGAGGCGCCAAGGGACACGAAGAGGCGGUGAAGAGCCAACCAAGUCACGUGAUUCACUACCAACCACCACAAGCUCAGCACAAUGGGUCUAGGCGUGCUGGACAUGGUGCUGCUGGUACUGUCACUGAUCCUAAGCGCUAUCGUGGGCGUGUACCAUAGCGUCUUGGGGCGGAAGGCAACGCCACUCGAGUAUAUGCUUGGAGGACGAACCAUGAGUCCCUUCCCUCUGGCGCUGAGUCUCAUGGUCGGCACAGUGUCCGCUAUUACCAUCAUGGGCAACGCCGGGGAGAUGUACGCCUAUGGGACUCAGAUGUGGGUCAUGGAUAUCGGGAUGCUGGUGGGACUCAUCGCCAUCGCCAAGUUCUUCAUCCCUGUCAUGUACCCCCUCCAGAUGGUGUCUAUGUACCAUUACAUUGAGCAGAGGUUCCAGUCCAAGUUGCUGCGGCAGGCCACGGUCUUGCUGCAGCUGGUUGGGGGCUACAUGUUCAUCGGGUUCCUCCUCUUUCCGCCCUCCCUGGCCCUCGAGAAGAUGACCGGCCUCAGCCUCUACCUCAACAUUGCCAUCAUCGGGAUAUCCUGCACGCUGUAUUCCACCUUUGGCGGAGUGAAGGCGGUGGUGUACGCCGAUACGCUGCAAGCCUUCGUGAUGGUGUUCGGCGUGCUGGCCAUCGUCGUCCAGGGCAGCUUGGCUCAGGGGGGCCUCGACAAUGUCCUCGACAUAGCCUACCACGGCGACAGGAUCGAGCUCUUCAACAUGAGCCUGGACCCGUACCAGCGCCACAGCUUCUGGCUCUGUCUCACCCUCGGCUUCUUCUACACGCUCAGCAGCAACGGCGUCAACCAGAGCCAGGCGCAGCGAUACUUCAGCACCGGCAGCGUUCGGCAGGCCCAGUGGGUCUUGUACUACUCCGCCGUCGCUCUCUUCAUCCUUCGGGGGCUAAUCAACCUCUCGGGGCUGGUCAUGUACGCCCACUACAAGGACUGCGACCCCCUCGGAAUAUACAAGGACCCGACAACUAUUCCGGUUCUCUACGUGAUUCAGGAGCUCACCAAGAUACCGGGGCUGGCGGGGCUCUUCGUCGCCGCCGUGUACGCUGCUGUGCUGAGUUCGGUGUCGACGCAGGUGAACUCCAUGACGGCGCUGCUCUGGGAGGACUUUCUGAAGGUGCUUCCCGUCUUCCGGAACUGGACCGAUAUUAAAGUUGGCUACCUGCAAAAGUUCAUUGUGUUCUGCUCCGGCAUGGUGGGGCUCGUGCUGGCCAUCGCUGUGUCCCAAAUGGGCUGGUCCUUCCUCCGCACUGUUCUCGCCAUCAACGGAGCUCUCACGGGACCCCAGAUCGGCCUGUUUAUGGUGGCCCUCUUCCUCCCGUGGGUCACUGCCAAGGCGGCCUCCCUGGGCUUCGUGCUGUCCAUCGCCUUCAACGUAAUGAUGGCGUCGGGACAGCUCACCAUCCCUAAGGCGCCCUUCCUGCCGCUCUCCAGGGAUGGCUGUCCUGCGCCCCCCGCCACCACCACCAUCACUCCCAACAUCACCUCCGACAUCACCACCACUUUGGCCUCCAUCACCACCAGUGUCAUCAUCAACGCCACCACCACCGCCGCCUCGCCGCCGUCGCCUGUCAACACCCCGGGAGAGUGGCUGUUCGGGCUGUCCUAUUGCCUCAACCCUGUGUGGGGGACGGUGCUGUGCAUGCUGAUCAGCCUCCUGGCGGGCGCCGUGACAGGCUGGAACGAACCGAGUGACAUCAACGAGAAACUGAUCAACCCGCGGAUGUGGAGGAUCUUCCAGAGGUCCCUCAAGCCCCAGGCCAAGGAGUGGUUCUACGAGAAUAUCCUGAGGCGACGGUCUUCAAUAGGCCACGAUGCUAACGACGACGAGGAAGCGACUAUCGAGCCCCUCAACAACAAGACAAACAUGAUCAGCGACAAGGAGGCAUCGGAGGAGCCUCUCAACAACACCACGGCCCGGACGAUCAAGGACGCGAAGGAGCACGAGAGUGACGCUAAGGGGGUCGUCUGAGUCUGAAGGCGCCGCGACAACUCCUGACCGCCUCGAUGGGAAGAGUCACCCCUGGCUUGGAUCUCGCCGGGUGAUGUGUAUAUAUUAUGUAAAUGUAAAUUAUAUCUAAAGUAGCGAUAGUUAUCUCUUAAGGUUCUUCGUGUGUGUUUGGAUGGAGAAAACAGAAGUUGUCCUAGAGAAGAGUCAACUUGGACAUCAAACGUGAGACUCAUGUGCUUUUUAUGUAAACUUAAAUCUUGUUACUUUAUUUGGCAAGAGGUGGAUCCAACAGGUAAAGUACACCGUUUCCUAAGAGCGUGCAGUCGACCCUGGCUCCGAUCUCGCUACAUCUGUGCCAUUUCUUGCGUAAUUCCAAAGAAACGUUUAUUAUUUUUAUAUGUAUUCUUAAGGCAGUGCAUACUUAAAGACAACAAACGCGGGGCAUCGAUUGCAGUGCGGUGGGAGGUGCGUCAACGAUGUGGACUUCGCUGUAAGUGCACGAGUGGCCGAGUGACCGAGUGAAUGACCCCUCGACGUGACUGGUUCCCAAGACGCCACACCCCGCUGGAUGACCCACGGAAGGCGAUCUAAGAGGCCAGCCAAGGUCACACAUCCCUGCUUAACCCCUUGACUGUGGAUUUCCCACAAGAAGACAUCACCAAGCUACAGGAGUGGAACAAAAAGUGGCUGCUACAAUUCAGUGAAGAAACAUGUAAAGUCCUGCACCUUGGGAGGGGAUAUCCAGCAUACCACAUGGGAAACACUCCACCAUCCACCACAGAGGCAGAGAAAGACCUGGGAGUGUAUGUUACCAGGCUACCAGUGAAGGGAUAUCCAACACACCAAUACCACAUGGGAAACACUCCACUAUCCACCACAGAGGCAGAGAAAGACCUGGGAGUGUAUGUUACCAGGCGACCAGUGAAGGGAUAUCCAACACACCAAUACCACAUGGGAAACACUCCACUAUCCCCCACAGAGGCAGAGAAAGACCUGGGAGUGUAUGUUACCAGGCGACCAGUGAAGGCGAAAUCCAUGCCAAUCGCAGCGGACGGGUUAAGUCAUAGGUGGGCGCUGUAUCCCUUGCCGAGGACGCACCGUUGGAGUGGCCACCAUGAGUGCACCGUCUGUAUCCCUCGACUGUACCAAAGGAGACUCACUAGAUAUUGGUGCUCCAGGAAGUUUGCCCCCCUACCCCCCCAUCCCCACCCACCAUACACACACACACGAGUGGUUUGGACUGACACCAGCCUAGCAACCUUUGUGCUGGAGGGAUGAACACAGUGAAACACCCACCCGGCUUCCUGUGCGGGGUCCCAUGUGAAGGGGUGCCCACUUCCUCUUGUACCCUGAACCCAGCGGCCAUGUUCUUUCUCCUCCUAGAGACUGUGUGCUCCGUGUUCUCGGACGCUUGCACCUUUCACAUCAGCUAUUUCCAGAGGUCGAAGAGGAGAUUAAUCGGGUUAUCAUGAGUUUCACGUUCACGGUACAGAAGAAGGGUCUGACUACCACCAGAGUCAUAAAGCUACACCUGGAAACGCCCACAACCCCAUCGAUGCCUUGUCAAAUAUGUGUGCCUGGGGGCGGGAAGGUUUGAGAAUGCGACCCUGGAUUCCCGUGUUCUCAUUUCGGCGCCCAAGUGCACACAUUUACCAAGGCUUUCGUAGGCGUUGUGGACAUUUCCAGGGGUAGUUUUAUGACCCUUCUCGUAGUGUGGUUCUUCUCUAGUGACAUGAACCAAAAAGAACACUUAUUAGACCCCGAUUAAUCUCCCUUUUGGGCUUUGGAUAUAGUUGGUGUGAGGUGGAAGCGUUUGGGAAUAACGACCCAAAGUAUGACUGACUCACGCGAUUUCUGUUCCAUGACGGACGCGAGUGUGAACCAAGAUCUGAGUUUUAUGUGGAACCAAAGACCGAUCUGUGCGCGUGUGUGUGAGGAAUGCAGUGGCGGCAGUCCUUUAUUUGUGUUAUGAAAUGUACUUAUUCAGAAUGUUAAUCAACUAUUUUUUAUGUAAAGAGUAGUAAUAAAUGGAAACGAAAAAGAA